AUGGCCCUCUCAACACACACCAUGGCGCACAUCCGCCGCUACUCGACGCGCAUCCCUCACGAUCCCCACUACCGCCUCAAAGCCACCCUCGCAACCAGCUACGUAGUCUCUGCCCUGGCCCUGCCCUUUGUCCCGCCGCUGCUCGAGACGAGGAGGACAAGGGCCGAUGGAAGUUACAUGACAAAGGAGAGUGCGUAUUGCUCGUCGCAGUACCUUGGUUGUCCCAAAUGA